AUGGUGGGAAGCAACCAAACUUCUAUGGUGACAGAGUUUCUCUUCUCUGGAUUCCCCCAGUUUGAAGACGGUAGCUUCCUCUUCUUCAUUCCUUUGUUCAUCAUCUACAUAUUCAUCGUUCUUGGGAAUCUCAUUGUAUUUUUUGCAGUGAGGAUGGAUAUUCAUCUCCACACUCCCAUGUAUAAUUUCAUCAGCAUUUUCUCAUUUUUGGAGAUCUGGUACACCACAGCCACCAUUCCCAAGAUGCUCUCCAAUCUAAUCAGUAAGAAAAAGACCAUCUCCAUAACUGGCUGCCUCUUGCAGAUGUACUUCUUUCAUUCACUUGGAAAUUCAGAGGGGAUCUUACUGACCACCAUGGCCAUUGACAGGUAUGUUGCCAUCUGUAACCCUCUUCGCUACCCAACUAUUAUGACCCCCCGGCUGUGUGCUCAGCUCUCUUCAGGCUCCUGCAUCUUUGGCUUUCUUGUGUUGCUCCCAGAGAUUGCAUGGAUUUCCACUUUGCCCUUCUGUGGCCCCAACCAAAUCCAUCAGAUCUUCUGUGACUUUGAGCCUGUUCUGCGCUUGGCCUGUACAGACACAUCCAUGAUUCUGUUUGAGGAUGUGAUCCAUGCUAUCGCCAUCAUCUCCUCUGUCCUGAUUAUUGCCCUCUCUUAUGUCAGAAUCAUCACUGUGAUCCUGAGGAUUCCCUCUGUUGAAGGCCGCCAGAAGGCCUUUUCUACCUGUGCAUCUCAUCUUGGCGUCUUUCUGAUGUUCUACGGCAGUGUAUCCCUCAUGUAUCUGCGUUUCUCUGCCACUUUCCCACCGAUUUUGGACACAGUCAUUGCACUGAUGUUUGCAGUUCUUGCUCCCUUUUUCAACCCUAUCAUCUAUAGCUUGAGAAAUAAAGAUAUGAAUAUUGCAAUUAAGAAGCUUCUCUGGGGGCCAGCCCAGUGGCGGAGUAGUUAA